AUGACAUCGAAAAAACAAAAAAAAGGCAAAACUAUGCCAUUGACUGAUUUUCUGGCUGCUGAACCAAAGUUAGUUACUGUUCGAGGAUCAAAUUGGUCAGAAAUAGUUGAUAGUGAAGAGGCAGAAGUCAAACCUAUUGUUGUUGAUAUUGGUGUUUUACCAACAGCUCCUCGUAGUGCUCAUGAUUUUGAUUAUACUACUGUACCAAACAAUCCCCCAUUUGUUGCACAUGUUGCUAAUCUAUCAUUUGAAGUUGAUGAUGAAGGUCUAAGAAGAAUAUUUGCUGAUUUAAAUCCAAAAUCAGCACGAAUACUGCGUGAUGGUAUGCGCAGUCGAGGUCUUGGCUUAGUUGAAUUGGAAACACGUGAAAAUUUAAUUGAAGCAUUGAAAAGAUCCGAUAAAGAAGUCUAUGGACGUAAAAUACGUGUUAAUGUUUCGGAUAAAACUGAUUCACACACAGAUAGUGGACGAGGAACAUUUGGUAGUAAUCGAUCGAAUCGUAGUGGUGGUGGUGAAGAACGACCAGAAAUGGCUGACAGAUGGAAAAGAGCUGAACCACGAUCUGAUGAAACAUCUGAUGAUCGUCAAAGUAGUGGAUUCAAUCGUGAUAGACAAAACCGUGGAGAUCAUGGACGACCGAAUAUGGGUGGUGGUUCACGAGAUAAUCAACAUGGUAACGAUUUUGGAUUCGGUUAUCCACGUACGAGAGACGACCGUGGAGGUGGAGGUGGAGCUGGAGCUGGAGGUGGAGCUGGUAAUCGUGAUUAUAAUCGACAAGGACAACGUAAUCGUUAUCAAGAUGAUACUAAUCGAUCAAAUAGUGGAGCCGAUAGACCUCGUUAUGCAGGUCGAUAUAGUGAUACACGUGAUACACGUGAUCGAAAUCGUUCAAAUGAUGAUACUCAUGAUGAUCAACAAGAACCACCACGUGAACGUCAACGACUUCAACUUCAACCACGUACAAAACCACUUGAAGAAAAUCAACCAUUAUCUGGUUCAUCAUCAUCAAUUAAUAAUAUUGCUGAAUCAUCAAUAUCAAAUCCAGAUGAAUCAUCAUCUGCAAUAACAAAUAAAUCUAUUCAACAAACACAAGAUUCAUCAAUAAAUGAAAAUACAGAUGAAAGUCAACAACAAGAAUCACAAGAUUCAAACGAAAAUACAUCUCGAGUUAAUACACUCGAUGAACAAUCAACAGUAAAACCAACCCGUGGUGCUGGUGCUUCUAUAUUUGGUGGAGCUAAACCGGUGGAUACAACUGCUAGAGAACUUGAGAUUGAAAAAAAAAUGAAAGAACUUCAAAUGACUACAAAUGAAACAUCGGUUGAUAAUGAAGAUAAAGGAACAGCAUCUAGGUCAUCAUAUAAUCGUGGUGGAGAACGAGAUGUUUAUCGUAGUAAACGCUCAUCACAAAAUGAUGAUGGUCGAUCUGGUGGUGGUGCAGAUUAUCAUCAUAAACGAGAAUUUAGUGGUAUAUAUUUCAAAAGAUUAAUUGUAUUAUAUUUUUGUUGUUUAAUUGUAGGUGGUCGACAGUAUGAAGAUGAGGGUAGAAGACGCAAUGAUGAUCAUUAUCGUCGUGGUGGUGGUGGUGGUAAUGGUGGUGGUGGUGGUGGUAGUGGUGGUAGUGGUGGUGGUCAUGAUCGAGAUCGAGAUCGUUAUGGUGGUCCAUCUCGACGUGAUCAGGAAUCUGGCCGUAGAGGCAAAUAUAACUAUCCCAAUCAAUCAGAACGAGAUAAUGACCGUGGUACUUAUCGACAUCGUGAUCGUGAUGACCGCAAUCAGGAUGACCGUAGUCAGGAUACAAAUGAAUAUACUAAUCCUGGACGUCCAUCAAAUAACAAUAAUUUGAAUACUGAAUCACAAUCUCGAAAUCAACAACGAGGAACAACACGGCGGACAGUACAAACUGGCGAUGAUUCACAUAAACUUCAAUUGUCUAAUAAAUUUGGUAUGCUUGACGAUGAUGAAAAUGAUGAUGCUCAAAGUCCAAGUAUGGAUGAUUAA